AUGAGUAGAGCAGCUAGAAAUGGUUGGAUAGUAGCCACAAGCAUUGGAGCAGUUGAGGAACUGAAAGAUCAAUUGGGCGUUUGCAGGUGGAAUUAUGGUUUGAGAUUAAUUCAACAAAAUGCCAAGAAAAGUGUCCAAUCUUAUUACAGCGCACUUCUUGUUUCUUCCAAAUCCAACUCAGCUUCUCCGUGUGAUGCCAAGAAAAUCGGUGACCACGAGCUCCUUGACCGGACGGAGGAGCAGCGACGAUGGAGGAUCAAUGAGGACGGAGGAGCAGCGACGACGGAGGUGCAGCGAGGACGGAGGAGCGCGACGGAGGAGCAGCGAGAGACGGACGACUGGUGCGAGUCGACAACCGGUGAUGACGAGCUCCUUGACUGGACGGAGGAGCAUCGACCGACGGAGGAGCACCGAGCGACGGACGACUGUUACAACCGUGUGCGGUGUGCCUGGACGACCGGUGACCACGAGCUCCUUGACCAGACGGAGCAGCGAGCGACGGAUGACUGGUGCGAGUCGACGACUGGUGACCACGAGCUCCUUGACCGGACAGAGGAGCACCGAGCGACGGAGGAGCACCGAGCGACGGACGACUGAAACGCGCCGCACGCCUGCCUUCCCCAAUCCCUCCCGUCCCCGCCGUCCCAAAAUCUUCCGCCCCUACACGGCUACACCCCUAGCCGCUACUCCUCCGUUGCUCACCAGUCGUCCGUCGCUCGGUGCUCCUCUGUCCGGUCAAGGAGCUCGUGGUCACCGGUCGUCGACUCGCACCAGUCGUCCGUCGCUCGCUGCUCCGUCUGGUCAAGGAGCUCGUGGUCACCGGUCGUCCAGGCACACCGCACACGGAUCGUCGCUAAACAACUGGCCCGCUCAAACAAUGGGCCCAAUCCCAAUUUGGGCCUAAAACUCGUGGUCAAUUGCACGAAAGACGAGAUCCCUACUGUUCCUCUACUGCUCUGCACAUUUGCAAAUGCUUCCAAAUCCAAGCCGACGUGGCACUGUCUCACACCCACCGCCUUUCACAAUCUCAUUAAAUGCCUCCUCCACUACCCUCACCCAUAG